CGGUCUCAAGACUCAGGCUGGUGUGCUCGCAGACAUCUAUCUUAUCAUAUCUUCGAUACUUCAACUUUGAUUUCCUCGUCCUCUCUGGUUUCACGUUUUUCACAAAGAUGAGGCUUAAGCCAGAGAGGACGUGAAUUUCGAUGUACUUGUAUGUUUUUGCUGAUCGUUCUAUCUACUUCAUCUGAUGAGUUCUUUUGAUUUCUUUCUUUUCCGUUUGACGUUGCUUGUUUUUUUUUUUCAAUCUUCUCUUGCUGUCGCCCUUUUAAAAGCUGACCUAGUUUUGGUACUGUCCUGUUCGCCUCCACUCCACACUGUGACCUCCCUCCUAUCUCCUCCGCCCAUCUCGUCCUCGCCCAUUCCUUCGCUCCUGACCCGUCUUUUCCGUUUUCCAAUCGUUAAAGGACGCCCACAAACUCACUCGUUCGCAUGGAAUCGCUAUUUCCCCAUUUUUCGGUUUCUCGAUCUCAUUAAUAUUGGUCUCUGCGUCUCCUUGGGACAGUUUUUUUUCACGGAUGGAGGAAAUUCUUCCUCCAACGAAUGGUAGAUUUCUCGCCGAUUCUCCCUCUCCCAACCUGCUAUUCGCUCCUCAAGCUCGUUGACGAGCUUGAUCUAUGUACUUUUGGUCGCAUUUGUACUAUCAGCGUGUAUGUGAAUUAGAAGAAAGGUUUUACUCGGCAACUUGCCAACUUGCC